AUGGCCAUGGAAGCUCCACGAAGUUUAGAAGAUCAAUGUCCUUCAGAUGAUGCUUCAAGCAUCUCAGAAGGAUCUGAUGGAAACUACUGCAACAACAACAAGAAGAAUAUGAUCAAACUGAAAUCCGAAGAAGAAUUGGAUCCAAAUCCAAAUCCAAAUCCCCUAUGCCUCCUACUCAACGAUACAAGCCAAGAAGUGGUGUCAAAGUGGCCAGAAGAACCUUUGAACCCAUCAAGAAGCGAGUCCGGCUCGAAGCGGCCGGAGGUGCCUAGGGUUUUCUCAUGCAACUUCUGCAAAAAAGAGUUCUCUACUUCACAAGCACUUGGAGGGCACCAAAACGCCCACAAAGAAGAGCGGGCGUUGGCCAAAAGGAGGAAGCAUGGUGGGAUGAUGGUUGGUGUCACGCCUUUCGAACACCGGCCCCACCCUUAUCACUUCUAUCCUUCUUAUUCAAGUUUCCCUCCUCCUCCUCCUCCUCCCCAUCAUGGCCCUCUUCAUGGCUCUUUCAAUCAAAGAUCACCAUCUUCAUCGCAUUCGUAUCUACUUGGAAUUAUACACGACUCCAUGAUGCACAAAUCGUGGUCCGAUAUGCAUCGUAGGUCGGCCUUGAUGAAUCAUCCACAAGUACCGUUCUAUGAUCCUAGACUAAGGAUGGUGAUGGGUGGUGUUGGAGGUUCAAGUGGUUCUGGUUCUUCAGCAAUGGCUUGUUUGAAUAAUUCUGCUGCGAAUACUACUCCAAAAGUAGAAAGAUCCGACUUUGAACAUUCGGAAUCAUCAGGACUCGAUUUGAAUCUCAAGCUUUGA